AUGAAGUCAGUCCGAGCUUCUCACACCUCCCACAGUUUGGAAUUCAUCUGCCCAUCAACGCGCUGCAUGCUGGAGCCUCGUUGCGGUGUGGCCCCGGUGAGUGUCGAGCGGUCCGGCCCUCCAGACAUAGAGAGGGGAUCCACGUCCUGCCUUCCCCCAACCAAUGACAAUCCUCCUACACCGAGGGGAGGGGCUGACAGCGAGACGGAGAGCGAUACUGACGACCCGUUUUCCCCGGGUGUGGCCAACGAGGCAACGCCCUCCUCUGGCCCCUUGAAGAGACGCACACAGUCCCUCAGCGCCCUGCCAAAGGAUUUAGACAGGAAGAGGGAGAAGGACCACAUCCGCCGACCCAUGAACGCAUUCAUGAUCUUCAGUAAACGCCACAGGGCCCUGGUGCACCAGCGGCAUCCCAACCAGGACAACCGCACCGUCAGCAAGAUCCUGGGGGAGUGGUGGUACGCUCUGGGACCCAACGAGAAGCAGCAGUACCACGAUCUGGCCUUCCAGGUGAAAGAGGCCCACUUCAGAGCCCACCCAGACUGGAAGUGGUGCAACAAGGACCGCAGGAAGUCUCUGUCAGAGGGCCGUGGGACGCCAAAGGAGUCACGGGAGAGGAGCAUGUCGGAGAGCAUAGAUCCCCAUCCAGACGCUCAGGUGCUGCUGGAGGGGAAGGGGGGAGGCUCGGGCUGGCAAGGGGGAUCAGAGCGUCGAGGGGGAAUGUUCGGGGGGCAGUACUCCCGUCCCCGAGCCUUUUCCCAGAGUGCCGUGCACACCCUGGAGCAGACGGAGAGAGAGAGCGAACUGGAGAAGGAGGGUGCGAGUUCUUUCCGGCACAGACCCCUCCCUCAGUCCAUGUACCACGGCGAGGACGUGCCCAGCGACGAUGAGCGUAUGGUCAUCUGUGAGGAAGAAGGAGACGAUGAUGUCAUGGAUGACUCCUGUCCUGAAGGCUCCAUUGAUCUCAAGUGUAAAGAGAGAGUGACAGACAGUGAUGAAGACGAACCAGAUGGACAGCAUAACUUCCAGCCAGUGGUUCGCUCCUCUCUCCCUUCUUCCUCUCCCCCCAUCCUAACCUCAGCAAAAGGGAAUGGAGAAGGAGGAGGAGGUGGUGAAGAGGGGUCUGAGAGGAACAGAAAGAGAGGUACAGACAGAGGAGAGGAGGGGAGCGAGGGAAGAGCCAAGAGAGAGGAAACAGCAGCAGGAGAAAGAGGUGUCUCCCCAACAUCCAGCCCCAAGGCUUUGGCCCAUCAGGGUGUGACCCAGGUCCUAGGAGCCGUCCGUGUGGCUCCCACUAUGGUUACCAACGUGGUACGACCCAUCGCCAGCACGCCCAUCCCCAUCGCCAUCAAGCCAAUAGAAGGAUCCGCCACCCUCAGCUCAGUGCCUCAGGACAAGAAAUCCACUCUCCUGAUUGGAGGAGGAGGACCUCAGCUGCUGCCAAUCACUGCAGGGGGUGGGUACCUGUCCUCAUCCUCCUCCCCCGGUCCAGUCAGUGUCACUCCUAUGGGGGGUCUGGUCACUAGUCUAGUUCUGGGAGGGUCCUUUCCCGUUGCCCAACCAGUUCAGCUCCUCGCCACUGAGCAGCCGCACGCACAAACCCCCCUCCCCGCCCUGCAGCCCCAGCUCCACCCCUCUGCCGCCACCUCCUCCCUGACACCCCCCGCCGGCCCCAAGCCGAUAGCGCAGGCCCCCUACAUCCUGCCUACCGAGAACCCCUCCUCCCCUCAACUCACCCACCAACAAAUCCUCUCCCUGCCCACCAAUGCCUCCCUGCCCAAUGGCAUGCACUCAGGGGUGGGACUGAGAGUUGCAUCAGUCAGUCCCGGAACCAGAGUUCAAACCCAGUCGCCGGGUUUGCCGAGCAAGAUGUUGGUUCCCAUGGCAACAGUGAGAUCAGGAUCUACUCCUCCUCAUCCCUCCAUUUCCCUGGUCGCUCCGCCUCUUCCUGUGCAGAACGGCGCCGCCACAGGAAACAAGAUCAUCCAGAUCGCUCCCAUGCCUGUGGUGCAGACCAGCGUUCACCCUGGCGGCGCAGCAGCUGUGCACUCAGGGAGCCCUUUUCCUGUUUCUGUGGCGACGGUGAUGACUCCCGGUGCAGCGCCCCCACAGACAGUGCUUCUGACCUCUCCACCCACCAGGAUCACAUAUGUCCAGUCUGGUCCAGGAGUAACCCAGGCAACACCCCAACAGGCCACUCCCCCUCUUGGCUCUGCGUAUCUUCAAUCAUCCCUGGCGACCCUGGGCUUCACCGCCAUCGCCCCGGUCGGGUUAACUCUGGUUCAGCCUCCACUGUUAGCUCAAGCCCCGCCCCUCAGCUGUCAAUCACAGACCCCUCCAGUUCAGGCCUCAGCAACUGCUGGUCGUCAGGUACUAACUGCCAUCUACCCUGCACCACCCGCUUCUCUGCCUACUGGGGUGGUCUCUGUAGCUCCCGCACCACCCGCAGUGGCCCCCGCGGCCCAGGACGUGAUGGACCCUUCCUCCCCGUUACAGACGGGGGUGCAGGGUUCAGCGGCGGUGACCCUUCAGCCUUACGAGGCGGUGAAGGUGAAGGUGGAGGUGAAGAAGGAGAACCUGCUGGAUGGUCCGCCUGAAGAUGGAGGACAGGAGUUAUCAAGCUUAGCUGCCAGUUCCUUAUUGACUAUUUAUGAAACAGCAGUUAAAAAAGAGGAGGACGUCGGUCGGUACAUCAAAGAAGAGUACCUCAGCAAAGAGGCUGGACCUCGCACCCCUCCUCCUCCACCCCCGUUUGGGACCCCCCUCCCUCCCCCUGCGGAAAGAGAGCCCCCCUCUUCCUCAAAGAAGACCAAGUUCAGACCCCCGCCGCUCAAAAAGACACCGGACUCUCACGAAAAGGUCUUGUCGGAGACGUACUUCGAGGAGCGUUUUGCUGAGCUCCCAGAGUUUAACCCAGAGGAAGUCCUGCCUUCGCCCACUCUGCAGAGCCUGGCCACCUCGCCGAGAGCCAUCCUGGGGAGCUACCGCAGGAAGAGACGCAACUCCACCGAGCUGGAGGUGACAGCAGAAGAGCCCAGCUCCCCGAGGAGGAAGACCCGCCGUCUCUCCAGCUGCAGCUCGGAGCCCAACACCCCCAAGAGCGCCGCCAAGUGUGAGGGAGAGUUCUUCACCUUCGACAGAGCAGGUACAGAAGGAGAGGAUCUGCUUGGAGAUCUGGACCGGGUCCCCUACUCGUCUCUGCGCAGAACUCUGGAUCAGCGCCGGGCCCUGGUCAUGCAGCUGUUUCAGGAACAUGGCUUCUUUCCCUCAGCUCAGGCCACAGCUGCCUUCCAGGCACGUUACUCGGACACCUUCCCGUCCAAGGUGUGUCUGCAGCUGAAGAUCCGCGAGGUCCGUCAGAAGAUCAUGCAGACGGCCACACCCGGGACCCUGGAGCUCGGAGUGUUAGCGGGGCUGGCUGAAGUGAGCCCCACCCCGCCCCACAGCUCCUCUUUCAAUCAAUCAGCGCGGGAGGAGGGAGGGGCGGAGCAGCACCGAGACAAAGGCCGGAAUCCAGAGGGGCCGAAAAGCGAAGGAUUGUAAAGCGGUAGAGGAUGACAAGGUGGAAACAUCCAGGAAAAGAAGAAGAGAGAGGAGUGUGUCAUCCCCGCAGAAUGUUCUUGUAUGUGUUGAGUACUGUUAAUGGCUCCAGCGGGAUCCGUUCUUUUGGCACUUAUCUCCACCAGACCUGGGAGCAAAUACAUUUGACUAUGGUCACAAAUAUUCAAACUACUCAAGGUGCGCUUGAUUCGUCUUAUUAGACUUUUUUAUAAUUUUUAAAAAGCCUCAAAAGGGGACAAAUCAUUUGCAAGUCCUGACGAGUCAAAUGCUUCUUGUAGUUUCCUUUUUUCCCCCUAAGUAUCCAGAAUAUAUUCAGUUGGCCCAGGUCUGCUCUCAGCACAUUUGUACAGUAGUUUUUAGUAUGAAACUCACACAAACACUGGUGCAUAUGUAAUCUCCAGCAUGCACAUGAUCCCACAUACACACACAUGCACACACACCCUUACCAAAUCAGACUGUUACUCUUGGUCGGCAGUCCCCGGGAGCAGCCACCAAGGACCAUGACACAGAAAGGCACUUUGUCACUUAUCGUGGAGAUGCAGUUUGCUGUUGCCAGCCAGACAGCCAGCCAGCCCUCAGAUGCCAUUGACUCGACCUCCUUCUCGCCCUUCCACUCCUCAGCACAGUGGUUGGGACGCAAACACAACCCCAACGACCUCCACUGAUAUUCCACAGCCCCUCGAUGCUGCAAGACAGACAGCACACACACAUAUACAGUACAAAUACACACACGCAGUGCAUGGACACAUAUGUGCAGUGUGAGCACUCGUACAAGAAAUCGUCAACCCUGGUCUGACCAAGCCAUCGGCCUGCACAGUUUUUUGUGAUUGUAGUGAGAAGAGAAACUGACAGCAUGACAUCUUUUUGCUCCUGGAAAACAAAGAGAAGGCUGGAGUUGCGAUGUAGUGUGACCAAUCUUUGCACCUUCAGUUAUUGCCAUUAUGAAAGACACAGUCGUCGUUGGCAGGAGCUGAUCAUAUAUAUAUAUAUAUAUAUAUAUAUAUGUCUGUAUGUCUGUUGGGGUUCCCUUCCCCAACAGCUUGUGCGAACAGGCACCGUAAAGAGAUUAUGUAAAGACUAUUGGUUGUGAGGCUUUGAAGAAUCUACGUUAAGUUGGACGGGCUCCCGACAGAGCGCAGAGAAAAAGACAGAAGAUGAAGAAGAACCUGGAUGAUGCUCAUUGGACGGAAGAUUCAUAUUCCACCUAUAGGAAGACAGAUAUUAAUAGUGAAUAAGGACAUGACAAGCUUUCCAACAGAGAUAAAAAAGUAGAAAUGUAACCAAACUUCUCUGAAUCUCCCAGUGGAUAUAAUGUUGCUUUCUCUUGUUAUCGUUGCCGUGGAAAUAACCAGUUUUACCGUGGCCUGUUUUUCUCUUGUGGCUCUAUUGUGUUUCUUCUCCGGCAUAAAAAAAUCACAAAAAAAAAACUCUGGACAAAGACGGGGGACAUAAUCAGUCUGCGCCCCCACAAUUUUAAUUGUACCUGGGGCGGUUCUCACCCCCCCCCCUCCUUUCCCAAUAUCUCUUCUCUUCGAUUUCUCACCAGACAAAGAAUUGGGGGAGCAGGGGGCGUUUGUCGUUUUGUAAAAACGUUGAAAUCAGGUGUUUGCACAAUUCGUGUGGCCCUUCUAGCCGCAAGUUAAAUCAGGAAAGUAUUGUUUUUAGAGAUUGUUAUAGUAGUUAAAAUAAUAACCUUGUUCCGUAUGUUAUCAACCACCUUAUUCCUCCUUACUCUUUUUCCCCUCCUCUCCUCCCCUCCCCAUUUUACCUCCCUUGACCCCUCAAGUGUUGUUAGAAAGUGCCCUUAAGCACUGGUCCCGGGUCAAGCGCUAUGUAGCUCAGGAUGGUUCUGGUUAGGGUUAGUUCAGGGAAAGCAGAUCCUAGACCAGCCCUGGAGGGCAGUCUCUGGAGCCCUCCCCUCUUCCCUCUCUUCUCAACACUUUAUCCUUUCCCGUCGAAUGGUGCAAUAGGACAUUUAUUUUUUUGGAAAUGGGUGGGUUAUUUUGUUUGGGGAAAGGCUCUGUGCCAUAGAUAUUAAAACCAGUGCAGUCAGUCAGUGAGAGGAAUGAGCUGUUGUGAUACUGUCUUUAACUAUGGUAUAAAACAAAAAAAGAAUCACGCAAUUGUUGUUAUUGUCAAAGAGAUAGAGUAUAACUUACUAAAAGUCAAAGACAAUUUUUGAAUAGCACUUUUUGGCUCUUUGCCUCGGUGAAGAGUGGGGGUAGUUAUUAUCAUGGGUAUCUCUUUUAUUUCUCUGUAUACAGUUGGAUGUGUGAAAAAAUAUAUAUACCGGUAUUUCCAUAUAUGUGCAUUUAGGUCUGUGUUUGGGUGUGUGUGUGUGUGUAUGUGUGUUUUGGCACAUGCGGGUAGUGUGUUAACACAACCGACCUCUUGUUCUUUCUCCACACUGCAAGAUCAUCAAAAGUAUAUUUUUCAUUGUAUUCUUCAUUAUAUAUUCUACAAUAGAGACAGUAUUUUUAUAGUCACCAUGACUAUUUUGUCCGCCAUCUUGACUGUUAUCAAACCCAGUUGAUUCAGGAUAUAUAUAAAAUAUAUAUUCAGGAUACUAUAAAUACAUAUAUAUAAAUACACACAGGUAAUAGAGGACUAUCAAUUUGGGGGUUAGGGCUUUAAAGUGUCCAUCUGCAUGCAUGUGAAAUCCCAUGCACACAUGCACACACCCACCAAGACAUAUGUGCAUACACACACUUGUAUGUGUGUACACUGUAUGAUUGUGCUUAAAAAUAAACUGUCCUUACUUUGGAGAAGGAAUUUUAGGAUGAGCGAUGUGAGUGUUAUCUCAUAAGCAGGCAUGUUGACCAUGUGCAAUAUUUCUAAACAACAACAAAAAAACUAAAUAUUGAAAAUAUUAAAGUUCUAACACAAUG